AUGACUUCACAAGCUACUGUGUUACUCUCAAAUCCGGCUCUAAUAUUGUACGCAAUUGCGAUAUUGUUUACAAUUUUCAGAUUCAUAUCAAGAACCUGUUUAAUCCACUCUUUGAAGAAAUGGUGGCGAAGUUUGGAAGAUAAGUGCUACGUGUAUCAGUUUUACAAAGUGCCAAAAUUCAAUGAAAAUAUGCAGGAGAAUCAACUUCACAGACAAGUAUAUACAUACCUGAAUUCAUUGCCGUGUGUUGAAGAUUCCGAUUUCGCCAACCUCUUUUCAGGUAAUAAAUCUACAGAAAUCAAUAUAAUUCUGGACGAGAAUCAAGUUAUUGUCGACAAAUUCCUCGGUGCUAGGGUUUACUGGACGAACGAAAAGUGCUCAAAAACUGGCUUACAAUCGCUAAUUCUGAAGAUCAGGAAGAAAGACAAGCGUAGAAUUUUGGUUCCAUAUAUGCAGCAUAUUCACACAGUGUUUGAUGAGAUUGAGCAGAAGAAAAAGGAGGUGAGAUUGUUCGUGAACGCAGAGACCGAACUGCAGAGAAAUGAACGGUGGAGAUCAGUUCCAUUCACUCAUCCGGCAACAAUGGAGACAGUUGUAAUGGACGCAGAUCUCAAAACCAAAAUCAAAUCCGACAUGGAAACCUUUUUGAAGUCCAAGCAGUAUUAUCAUCGGUUGGGUCGGGUCUGGAAGAGAAGCUAUUUGUUAUACGGACCCUCUGGUACCGGAAAAUCCACUUUUAUAGCUGCAAUGGCGAAGUUUUUGUCCUACGAUAUUUAUGAAAUUGAUUUGAAUAAAAUCGCAAACUAUUCGAAUCUGAAGAAUCUCUUGCUACAAACUUCAAACAAUUCAUUGAUCGUAAUCGAAGAUCUGGAUCAAUAUUUGGGCAAAACGUCAACGGCUGUGAGCUUAUCAGGGAUUCUAAACUUCAUGGAUGGAAUUUCUUCAGAAGAACGGAUUAUGGUUUUCACAAGUAAAGAAAACAUCGAUCAAAAUAUUCUCCGGCCUGGAAGAAUCGACGUUCAUAUACAUUUUCCUCUCUGCGAUUUUUCUGCAUUCAAAACUUUAGCCAGUAGUCAUUUAGGGUUGAAAGAUCACAAACUAUUCCCUCAGGUUGAAGAAAAUUUUCAAAUCGGAGCGAGUUUGAGUCCGGCCGAGAUCGGUGAAAUCAUGAUAUCGAACCGGAGCUCACCGACCCGGGCUCUGAAAACCGUUAUUUCUGCUUUGCAGAGCAACGUAGCGAGUCGGGUCACAAGGAAGCUGAGCGGAAGCGGGUCGGGUCGAGAGAUGGAGGAAUCGUAUGAGUCCGGGAAGGAAAGUCAAAACGGGUCGGUUCAACCCAUGAAAGAGUUGAAGAAUUUGUAUGGAUUUUUAAGGAAAAGUGGUAGAAAGUCUUCUAUGGAUCUUUUGGAUGCGGGUGAAAGGGAUAAUUCAAACCACGGGAGUUGA